CUGGUUUAAAUUCAUAGGUGGUGAUACCUUAUCCCGAAGGACUUAGUCUAUCCAUUGAUAACUGCAACAACAACAACAACGCAAUGCCCACUUUGAACCUCUUCACCAACAUUCCCGUAGACCCUGUUAUUGCUUCAGACAUUCUCAGAGAUGCCACCAAAGCUGUUGCAAAAAUCAUUGGAAAACCCGAAUCUUAUGUGAUGAUUGUGUUGAAUGGUGGAGUGCCUAUUGCAUUUGGCGGGACUGAAGAGCCGGCUGCUUAUGGAGAACUGAUAUCAAUUGGGGGUCUUGGUCCAACUGUUAAUGGGAAAUUGAGUUCUACUAUUGCCGAAAUUAUUCAAACUAAGCUGUAUAUUGAUAGCUCCAGAUUCUACAUCAAGUUUUAUGAUGUGGAGCGCUCAUUUUUUGGGUUCAAUGGCUCGACCUUCUAAUCAUUUUUUGGGUUCAAGUCAAAGAUUUGGGGAGUUUCACAAGGAAGAAAUAUAUUUCAUCUUUCUGUGGUUCAUUGCAAAUUUGUAUGUAAAAUUGUGGUGAACAAACACAUUUGAUAUAUAAAAAUGCAUCCUUCUCAGUCCCCUCAUUUUGGUCUGUUCAAGAAUCAUUUAAUUUAUUGUUCUUCUUGUUGAA